ACUUACCGUAGUUUCCUUUUCCACUGGAGAAAGCAUUUCAGCAAAGCUGUUGUUUUCCAUGUACUCAUUUUUUCUCUGCUGAACCCCAAAGAGCAUAUGCUUGGCCAACUAUGUCUACAUCCUCAAACCCCCCGCUCCCACAAGAUGAUGGUCUGUGGACAUUUCUUCAUAACCGAGGGGUUCCUGAGGAGUAUAUUCACAAAAUGCAGCAGGAUCGUAUUGACAGCUCGGUAGUUGGAGACAUAGAUGACGUUACUAUGACUGCUUACAUUCCAGCACUGGGUGAUAGGAUUGCUACAAGGCGUUUCUGUAUGGAAAAACAGAGAAGAGGCAGAGAUGAUUCUCAAAGACAGUCUUUAUUUGAAAAACUUAGAAGAAAGAUGGUCACAACAAGCAACAAAGAUCAAGAUGUUGAGGAGUAUUCUGUGCAGCCAACAAAGGUCUAUCUAAGAAAUAAUAAAAGGGCCUUGAAGAUGACAAGAAAAAUUGAAUUAGGGUGGAUACAUAACAAGAGACAAGUGAGAAAACGCUGUGGUGGAGGAACCAAACUUAUGGACAUUUCCAAGAAUGGCACAAAAAUAGAGAUUAUGACCCAAGCUAAAAAGCUAUUUUUCCCCAAUGAGAAAUCGACAAAGGGAAAGUGGGAAAAGUUCAGCCACGACAUUGUUGACUUUCAGGGAGCAUACCUUGAAGAGGGUGUUACUGUGGGGCAGCUCUAUGAGACAAGAAAAUUUGGGGUAUUAAGAUUUUACUUGCUCACAGAAAGUCUGAUCAAUGGAGAUGAAAUGUUCACAGAAAUGGCAGAAGGAGCUGAUGAACAGACAGAGGCAGCAAGGUCAGAUGAGCAUCAGAAAAACACACCCGAAAAUGAUGAGCAGCUGACACAGAAAACACUGCCAUCUUUGAUCAAGACAGAGGUCACUUUUGGUCCUUCGCAAGGUGGACCAUUUUUAGGUGAUCUUGAUGAUAAAACCUUAAUUGAGCCUAUCCUCCCAAAAGAAGAGCCAGAAGAAAAGCCCAUCGCCUACACCUCAACUCCUAUUAAAUCUGAGCCAGUGCCUGCUGGCCCGCCAAGUCCUACCUAUAAACCUUCGUAUGUGACAGUGAAACUACACAAAGGGAAUCUCUUAGAUGAACUGAUAACUCAAUUCAAGGAUGAAGCAAUGAUGAGCUACUCUGUGAAAUACAGCUUCACUGAUGAAAAGGGGGCAGAUGCUGAUGGUGUGUCCAGGGAUGUGUAUCCUGCCUUCUGGACAGAAUUUUUAGACCGUGCAGCGGAAGGAGCAGAUGUGAGGGUGCCAUCACUAUCCACAACAUGGCAACAGGAAGAAUGGAAGUCUGUUGGGAGGAUAUUGGUCAAGGGAUUGAGGGACCAUGGAUAUUUUCCUUUUCGGUUGGCUCAAGCCUUUACAGCAGCAAUCACAUUUGGUGAACAUUCGGUCUCACCUGAUUUACUGUUCGACUCCCUGAUGUUGUAUCUUAGUCAGUCUGAGCGUGAUGUCUUGUCCAAUGCUUUGCCAGAGGCUCUUGUCGGUGGUGAUGAAGGUGAGCUUCUUGAUCUUAUGGAUCGCAUGGGAGUAAGAACGGUACCAACACAAGAGAACUUGAAAGCUGUGCUUCUCCAGGUGGCCCACAAGCAAAUAAUCCAGCAACCAAAAUAUGCACUGGAUAAUAUUGCAGCAGUCGCAGGACCAACUCUCAGGGAGUUCUUCCCCAGUGUGCUGGAAAUGCAGAAGAUGUAUGAGGGUUACAAAUUGUUGUGUCUAAGUAAAUAUGAUGAUCUUUUCAACAUUUAUUUCAUAGUGUGAUUGCCUCACGUUUGUCACCGCUGUGGUUAUUUUAUGGGUUUGACUUGUUUUCUCUUUCAGUUUUUAUUAGUGUUAGGGUUUGCUGCAAUUUGCCAUACUUUAUUGUGCAACAACAGUGUUAAUUAAAGACAACAGGCUUUAGUUUUGGUACAUUAAAGUGUCUUUUGGAAGUUGACUUGUCUAGUCAGAUGAGUUUCCACAAAUAAUUAAAUUGUUCAUCAUUGGGCAGAAGAUUGGAUUACGAUGUGAGAUUACUGCUCAUAAGUGCUGUAGCUGGUUCUCUGAGUUUUUGGACUAUACUGUACACUCAAUAAACAGGAACAAAUGACUAAUGAAUGUCCAUUAAGUAGAUUUUUUUUUAAAGUAACUUUAAAUCAACCGUAUUAUGAAUUUAGAAAUAGAUUGUUGAAGAAAUGCACAUUAGGAUGAGAUUAUCCUGUUGUUGCAAGUCAUUGAUAAUACAUCUGAAUCUUUAUGCUUACAGUCAUUUAAGACACUGAAUCCUUUAUCAGCAAUGUGUUUUCAAUAAUAUAAAGCUACAAACAUGGCACAAUUAUUUGAGAUAAGACAAUGAUUUACUGAUAUUGACAUACAGUACAUGUACAGUAAAGAUAAUACACAUGAUGUGAUUACAUAACUGUACAUCACUAUGAAAACCAUGCACGAUAAUGAUGUGCAUGUACAAAUAUAAACUUCUUUCUGCCUGAUUAUAGUUUUUCACUUCCCUACAGAAAAACUUAUGAUAGACACUCUAGAAAUUCAAUCACCAUAACAUUCUGGCCACUUUGUGAUAACUGCUCAGAGCUAAAUCACAUGUACAACAAAACAAAAAGCAAACACACAACUAUAAUAACUAAACACAACGAAUGUGGCAGACAUGUCUGCAUAAACUUGCUCCGAUUCUCUUGGGAUGUUAGACAUGUUCCAAUCACAUAUAUAUAUAUAUAUAUAUAUAUACACACAACAAAACUAAAAAUAACAUGCCCAAACAAAGUAGAAGUAAAAGCCGGGAUAACAACGCUUGCUGUAGAGACAAAACAAGUUACUUUACCAAUUAACCAAUAAACAGCAUGAAUCUUUGGUACAGUAUGUGUGAGCCACAUAUCCUUGAUCUUGAUGUUAUUGUACAAGUGGAUGAGUGUAUAACCAAACCCCGCAGAAAACAUCCAAAGAGAUGACAAGAGUGGUAGACAGAAGAUCCAUGAGGAAUUUUGGAUGAAAGCCUGCUGUCCCAUGAAGUCCAUUAAUGCACAGAUUACAGAAGAAAAUGUACAUGAGUUCAUGAAGGCUUUUAUCUGUAAUGAUCGUCACAAUACUGGUCACAUUUACCGGCCAAAUCACACAGUAACACAGCAAAGUGGGAGCAGAGAGAGUGACUGUAGUUUGUUGUGCCAUUUAACCCUGACAGAGUGAACAUAGUAAUUACUGACACAUUAUCCACCAGGAAAUUCCACAGUUGAUCAGUUUAUAAGAUGUCAUUUUAAUGCUGCACAGAUAGGAGUUUGCACAAUCUAAUUUCUAAGCAGAAAAGACAGGUAUCCUGUGUCUGUGUCCAUUGCAAACGGGACAGCCUACAUGAAGUAUGGUAAGGGAUUGCCAAAGUGCAUCAGACCACAUUUGGUCAUGUUAAAUAGUUCCACCAUGAGGACAAAUUUGCCAUUUUUCACAAUGGCAACAUACAAUGUCUCAUAUGCAGUUGCAGGACUGCCCCCGUUUCUCUGGUUGAAAUAUUUUUUCCAUAGUGAUUAAUAAAACGAGGAGGUGACAUGAAGCUCAGAGGGAAGACAUCAAUUAUUAGAGUUCACUGUUAUUCAUUACUUAAACACAGCACUCUGUCAAACACUUAUAAGUGUAAUUCACAGUCCAUAACAUUUUCCACCCUUAGAAAAUUUGUCAUUUUGGCUGUGGGUGGGUGCUCACUUUCAGUCACUUGAUCCUGUGUAGAUCAACUUGUGAUUAUUAAAUUUCGGCAUGUUUAUAAGCACGUA